AUGUCUCAACAAAACAUAAACAGUUACGAUUAUAAUUAUGAUUUUAAACAACAAGCAUACCCUUCAAACACUUAUUCUACAUUUAUUCCAACAGAAACAAAUUUCACUCAACAAUCUCUUUACGCGUCAAAUUAUCCAAUUUAUAACGAUUAUGACCAUAUUUCUAUGGGACAUUUUGGGAAUACACUUAUCGACGAUGGAUUUGAAAAUGAUCAAGUAGAAUAUGCAACACCUGAGUCAUAUCCUGAAUCAUAUCGAUAUUCACAAACUUUUGAACAAAAUGAAGGAAUACCAUCACCAUGUAAUUCUUUAGUCCUUUGCCAAUCUCAGAACAAUCCAAUAUUUUCAGCGCCCUCAGCCACUAUUAUUCAUCAACAACCUAUAAAUCCAAUUGAAUCCCUAAUAGAAGAACAAAACAACGAUCAUAUUUCCUCAAAAUACUCUAUCAAAAAGACUUCUACAAUGAUAAUUCGAUCGGAAACAUCACCUGAAACCCUAAAAAAAUAUGAGACGUGCGAAGAAUAUGUAAUAUACUAUGAAAAACGAUGUCAAGUUCAUGAAGAUGGCGAAAUGGAGACUUUUGAAGAGCAAGUGAUUAAAAUGGAUAAAAGAGUGAAAGUUGAAGUUCUUAAUGUUAAUAGAAGUAUUGAAAUUUGA